AUGGCAAGGACUACACUGAUGGCGAGGAACACAGACAUGCGUUGGCGCUUGCCACUGGUGUGCCUCCUUUGGGAGGUGGCCAUGAUUGUCCUUUUUGGCAUCUUUGUGCGCUUCAACCCCGAAGCCGAUGUGGUCGGUUGGGAGAAGGAGAAGCGUGAGAAGAACAUCACGAGCGAUUCGGAGAAUGACUUCUAUUUCCGAUAUCCAUCAUUCCAAGAUGUCCAUGUGAUGAUUUUUGUGGGCUUUGGCUUCCUCAUGACCUUUCUUCAGCGUUACGGCUUUGGAGCCGUUGGAUUCAACUUCCUCCUUGCAGCCUUUGGGAUCCAGUGGGCUCUCUUGAUGCAAGGCUGGUUCCAUACCUUUGAGCAUGGGAAGAUACUCAUUGGAGUGGAAAGCCUGAUUAAUGCCGAUUUCUGCGUGGGUUCUGUUUGCAUUGCCUUCGGCGCCAUCUUGGGCAAAGUCAGCCCUGUGCAGCUGCUCAUCAUGACCUUGUUCCAAGUGACCCUCUUCUCCGUGAACGAAUACAUCCUGGUGGACCUGCUCCAUGUUAGAGACGCUGGUGGAUCCAUGACCAUCCACACCUUUGGUGCCUACUUUGGGCUCACGGUGACAGCCAUUUUGUACCGACCCAAUCUGGAGCAGACCAAAGACAAGCAGGAAUCGGUCUACCACUCGGACCUCUUCGCAAUGAUUGGCACGCUUUUUUUGUGGAUGUAUUGGCCCAGCUUUAACUCAGCCAUUGCCAGUCAUGGGGACGGCCAGCAUCGAGCCGCCAUCAACACCUACUGCUCCCUGGCUGCCUGUGUCCUCACCACGGUGGCCAUCUCUAGCCUCUUGCAAAAGAAAGGCAAGCUGAAUAUGGUCCACAUCCAGAAUGCUACCCUGGCUGGGGGUGUGGCAGUGGGGGCGUCUGCAGACAUGAUGUUAACCCCGUACGCCUCCCUCAUCGUUGGCUUUAUCUGUGGCAUCGUCUCAACCUUCGGAUUUGUCUACAUCACGCCUUUCUUAGAGUCCAAGCUCCACAUUCAAGACACCUGUGGCAUCCACAACCUACAUGGGAUGCCGGGGAUCAUUGGGGGCAUUGUGGGAGCUGUCACCGCUGCUGCCGCCACCGAGGGAGUCUACGGCACGGAAGGGCUCGUCCGUGCUUUUGACUUCACGGGAGACUACAGGACCAGGACGCCCAGUGUCCAAGGCGGUUUCCAGGCAGCUGGCAUUGCUGUUUCGCUGGGCAUGGGGUUGGCAGGAGGGGCCAUUGUAGGUGGGAUUUUGAAAAUGCCCUUCUUUGGUGACCCCACAGAUGAAAACUGCUUUGAGGAUAAUGUUUACUGGGAGGUGCCAGGUGAUGAGGAGAGCAGCUUAUACUGUAUGCAUGACUCAAACGCUAAGCCUGUGACAGAAUCCUAA